UGCGCUGGAGCUGCGCUGCACACAGCGGCUCGGGGAGGGCAGGAAAGCCACUCUGCUCGGACCAGCCUCGGGAGCCAAGCCAUCCCUUUGAACUUUGUCACACGGCCCACAACCAGCAACAAGGGAGGCUGGGAAAAGCAGUUACUCUUAACAGUCAGAUCUUCCAGUGAGCCUCGGGCUUUGGGAACUGAAGAGGUCCGUAAAUGUUUUGAAUCAGUCCAAGUGUGUCUGAAAAACCCACCCAGCAUUCCAAUGGCCAGCAACAAUACCGCCAGCAUAGCACAAGCCAGGAAACUGGUAGAACAGCUGAAGAUGGAAGCCAACAUCGAUAGGAUAAAGGUGUCCAAGGCAGCUGCAGACUUGAUGGCCUACUGCGAAGCGCAUGCCAAGGAAGAUCCCCUCCUGACACCUGUCCCGGCUUCAGAGAACCCAUUUAGGGAGAAGAAGUUUUUCUGUGCUAUCCUUUAAGUCUUCAAGGGGAGUCUGAGGAGCCUCAGGGCUCCAGGGACACUGAUGUAGAGUUUUUAGCAGAGUGGGCGCCUUUCUCGUCCACAGCAUUUAAAGAGAGGGAGGUGAACCAUCCUGGAAACUCCAGGCUAUGCAUGUUUAAAGAACCGGUCCCCUUUAUGAGAAUGAAAGCUGAUCCACACCCUGAGUUAAGAGAUCUCAAUGUCUGCAGAACUGCCUGGAGGAGGGGAAAAUGUAAAGAUAAAAAUCGGUGUCAUUUCUUUCCUGCUGUCCCUCCCCAAACCUUAUGUUUCUGCUUCAUAUUUAAAAAAUAAAAAUUAAAACAGACAGCUGUGCUGAGCUCAGAUAUGUCUGACCUUGGAAUGAAUAUUGCCUUUAGAACACCCUUUGACAAGCUGAGUUGUCCAGUGUAGCCGGUUCGGUUCAAUGGCAUUGAUGUUUCGUCUUUGUGCCUUUCUUUUUCUUUUUCCCUUCUGCCCUCCCCCUCCUCCCACCCCUUCCCAGGAAUAAAGAGAUAAGGCUGGACUUGUCUGUAAGACUGAACUCCCAGGAUGAGCACCCAAAGGUUUUAGGUCGAUGUUCCCUGUGGUUUAUCCUCUUGGUAAUAACAAACAAAAAUGCCGGUUGUCUGUGUUCUUUUAUCACUAUUCCUAACAUUUGUACAUGAUAGCUUUGAUUCUGCAAGUAAAAGUAAAUCAUGUGUUGUGACUGGUGCUUUCAUAUAUUUGUGACAAUUUUUGAGUAAUACUGCAUGAAAAUGUCCCCAUAUUACAUCCAUUCAGAAGUUUUGUUGUACUAUAAAGUUGGGAAAAAAAGAAUGAGAGAAAUGAAGCUGGAAAGGAAAACAAACUCAGUAUCUUGAAAACUGAAAUGACUCCAGAGCCUUAGCCAUGCCUAAAAUACCUCCUACUUAACAGUGGCACCUGCACCUCUUCAUCGUAUUUUCCAGAAUCCAAAGCAUUUUGGUUUUAUCCAGGAUCCAGGGCAGCACAGGUUGCACCAAGUGACAGAGGCAAGGAUUCACCCUGAGCUGGGAAGUGCUUUUGUCACAGAGUCAGAGCAAAUUCCAUUGUUUCCUGAAUGACAGGAAUUCUAGAUUGAAAGAAGGCUUUCUGUGUUCUUAACAAGAAAAAAUGUGGCCCUCAUAUGCUCAAGUAUCAGGAGAAAUAAACCCAUGACUCCAGACUCCACCCUCAGAAUCCUGGCUGUUCACCAGCCAGGGAGAAGGGGCGGUGUUGUGCCCCUGACCCCCACCAACCCCCUACCCCCACCCAGGAGUUCCACCAGAAAGGGUUCUGGCUCAUUGUGCCACUGACUGACAUGGCCUUUGUUUUUCACUCACCAACAUUUUCAAAAGAAUCUUUUCUUUGUUUUUGUUCUCCACUUUGUUUGAGUCUCUCUGCCUUCAUUUACCACUUCCUUGCAGCUUAAGCUCUCUCUUCCCAAGAGAUGAUGUUGAAAGUGAUUUUUCCUUGUGACUUCAGCCUCCACCAAUAAUGGCAGAGCCGGAGAGUCUUUCUCACUUUGUUCUGUGUCCUUCCCAGACAGAUGGGGGCUCUCUUACAACUCCUUGCUUGCCUUGAAAUCCCAGAAGACCAUUUCCAAAUUAAUUUUUAUUCUCUCUUUCCAUUCUCUUCCUCCCAUUUAAAAUUAAAAAAAAAAAAAAGAGGAUGGAGAGGAAGGAAAAAAGAAGAUAAAAAGACAAUAUGCCAAGGACAGAUUUUGAAAUUGACUUGAUAAAUAUUUUCCUUAACUCCUUGUAUGGGCCUGAGGGUAAGAGAAAAAAAUACAUCCAAUUAAAACUCCUGCCUGGGAAGAGAAUACUGAGACAUUGUGAAAUGUAUGAAUGUACUUCUAUAACCAGAAACUUCUGCUCAAGCCUUGGGAUUUUGUUACAGUCAGUAGGACGCUGAUGAAGAUUUAGAGGGGAAAAACCCUGGCAGAGUAUUUAUUACACUACAGAAUUGCACCAAUGGCUUAGUAAUAAUGUGGAAUCAGCUAAAACCCAACCACAUUUUUUAAAUGAGCUAAAAUAUGAAUCGAGUAUGUGGUCACAUAAAAACAACUGUGAAUAAAGCACUCUUUGGUGGUGUUAAGGCAUCAUCCUAAGACCCUGAUGCUUUUCAUAAUCUGCAUCAUUUAUUUUGCUCAUAAGGAUUCUUUAUAUUUUCAUGUGAAUCUAGAUCUUUGGAGCAAUUAAAACUUUUAGGAAUACAGCUCUUGUAAUUAAAAGUUAAGGAAAUUCCAAACUGCAUGUGACCUUGUUUAUGAAAAGAGAAAGCAAGAAAAUACACAGACCAUCUGAAAUUAAGUUUAAGAAAUAUGUUUGACUUUUUCAUAAUUUCAUGUCCAACAGUAUGGAAUUAUAACCCCAGAGUUUUUACAUGAGUUUUGACUUACUGAUAUUUUUACUUGUUAAAGGGGAAAUAAUUUUUUGAUUAGUUAUGCCCUAAAGAGUUUUAAUUCUUUUAGAAAUUUAACAAUCAUUUUCACCAGCAUAAUUUUAUCUUAAGGGGUAACUAAUAGGAAAACUUAGCUUAAUUAUUCAAGGCCCUAAUUUAUGUUUAUAAUAUAUUGGAUGGUAAUAAAACCUGCCAUGGAAUUCGUUAAACAGUAUGAAUAACCGUCAUAUUUAGAACACAAACUUUAUUAAGGGAAAAAAACAAUCUUGCAUCAUCCCCAAUAUAAAAUUUGCUUUCUUUUUUUUUUCUUUCAAUUUUAAACCAAGUGCUAUUUAAUUCAAAUCAGAGGUUGUGAAUAAGUACUUUGAACUGAGGCUAGUUUUGCUAAUAAUAUUUGAAAGAGAUUGCUUAAGGAAAAAUUCAAAACCAUUUCCCCAUACACUCAUAUUCACAAAAGGAAUUUAAGAAAUCAAGCAUGCUGUCUUAGAGGAUUUUUCGUACUUCUUUUUUGUUUGUUUGUUUUAAUAUCUGCUUCUCGCUGCUUCUGGCAAUGGUGAAUUGUUACAUAUACAUUAACGUUUUCCCAGCCCAAGACUUGUUCAUAUUUUUCCUAUAUAAGAUCUGUGGAGUGGAGUGUAUCUUUCAAAGAGAGGGAAAUACAGAAAUGUUAAAACAGAAAAACCUGAAUGCGAUGUGUACAUUUUCAUCCCACAUGGACAAUGUAUUUGUUUUAAUAAAUGGAAUUUUCAGAUUCA